AACACCCUUCCGCUAACAGGCCGUAACAGCCUGUAACCAGGCAUUGAGAGGCCAGAGAUCGCGCAGGCCUGGUUCUCGGAAACUUUCGACCUCGCUGGAGAAUGGAGGUCCCACAGCAGCAGCCAGUUUCCGAGGCCGCGGAGGUAAAGCCGGUAGCGGCAGUGGCACUGCGCGGGGCUCAGCAGCAGGUCGAGCCGAGAAAGGCGCCUGAUGAGCAGCAGCAGCCGCAGCACGCGGUGACCCACGCGGCCACUGCUGCCGCGCCGCCCGCGAUCGAGCUGCAGCAGCAAGGCCGCAUCGAACACACGGAGCUCGAGCUCGCCCAGGCGGGUCGGCAGCAAGAGCAGCAGCAGCCUGGACCUCCUGUGGAGCAGCCUCCUGUGGAGCAGCCGCCUGUGCUUUUCGCCCGUGGGUCGGCGUUGGAGGAGGGUGUCAGGGUCCACGACGGCGGCAGUGGUGCGGAUGGUGGCCCGGGCCUGGCUUCCACGGACACGCCGGAGGGGCAGAGGCAGCAGGUCGGUGGCGAUGGCGGUGGCGGUGGCGGUGGUGAUGCAAUAGCAAGCCGCAUGAGCGGCGCUGGCGCUGGUAGCGCCGCAGCGGUGGCACCGCAACAGAACCACCAGGCUCCUCGGGAUCACCUGCAGCCGCACCCGCAGACCAGCAGCCACCAGUAUGCAGCGCCGCCGCCGCCACCCCCGCCGCAGCAGCAGCAGCCGCAGUCAGGAGCGCCGCAACCGCCUCCGCAGGUGCAUUCCCAGCAGCAGCAGCCAACCCAGCAGCAGCCCCAUAUGUGGCAGAUGCAACAGCCAUCACCCCGGCCGGCGCCGCCGCUGCUACAGCCGUCUACGUCGGGCCGGCUGCAGGCAUCAUCACCGGGGCAGCUGCUACAGCCGUCGCAGUCGGGGCAGCUGCAGCCGCCUCUGGAGGAGCAGUUGCGGGCAGCCAUGGCCAGCCCACGCCAGGGCCUGGGGCAGGGGCUGGGGCAGGGGCAGCAGGGGGAUGGCGGGGCGGCGGCGGCUGAGCGAUACAGAGCCAUCAUGUUCACGGCCGAGGGCCAGGCGGCGCUGACGGCGGCGCUGCGGCGCAAGGCGCACGAGAAGGCCACCGCGGCCGCCGCCGCUGCAGGCGCCCACCUGCCUGACGGCUCCCCGGAGAAGGCCGCACUGCAGCGGCGUGCCUACAUGGAGUCCCUGCAGCGCGCUGGCGAGCAGCAGGCGGCCCUGCAGCGAGCCAUGCAGCAGCAGGCGCAGCGGACGCCGCCGGGUGGUCUCGGCCCGCUGCACACCGCCUCCUCCCCGCCGCCUGCUGCUGCUGCCGCCAGCGGCCUGCUGGUGGUGGCGGCGGGCGGUGCCGGCGGCAGUAUGCAGCGGCAGGACAGCAGCAGGCAGCAGCAGGCGGCGGCACCAGGCGUGGCGGCACAGCAGGUGCCGCCGCUGUUGGGCUCGCAUGCAGAUGUAGGGGUGAUGGCGCCAGGGCCGGCGUCGGGACCGGGGCCGGGGCCGGGGUACAGCGGUGCCAGUGGCAGCAGCAGUCCCUCUGCUGCGACCAGUAGGCAAUCAGCUACAGCCGGCGAGGCAGCGGCGACGGCGGCCACAGCGGCCGGCAUUCCGCUGCCGCUCCUUUCGCCGCGGCAGCAACAGCAGCAGCAACAGCGACAACACUCCACCCAGCCGCAGCAGCAGCAGCAGCAGCAGCAGCGGACCGGGUCACAGGUGCUGCAGCGGGAGAUGCAGGCCUUGAUGCCGGGCCCAGUGGUGGUUGACGGCGGCUUCAGCGCGAUGAGGCAGCAGCCCCGAGCACCGGCCGCCGCCGCCACCUCAACCGCUGCCGCACCCAUUGCGUCUGGCAACCACGCUCUGAGUGCCGCCGGUGCCGGUGUUGCUGCUCCUGUGGUUGGAGCCAGCCCCCGCCGGCAGCCCAGUACAACAGCCGGGGGAGGUGGGGAGGUGGGCGCGCCACCCAACAGCCAGUGGCAAGCAGUGGCACCACAGCAGUGGCAGCAGCCGCCGCCGGCUGCUCCUCCUCCUCCUCACAACAACAAGCAGCCGCAGCAGCAACACCAGCAGCAGCACCACGUGGCUCCUGCUGAGGCAGACGCGUACGGAGGUCAGGCUACUGCUGCUGCAGCCCAUCAGCACCGUCAGCAGGCAGCCCCACCGCCGCCCGGGUACGGCGGUGCGGAAGCAGCAGCAGCUUCCGAUGCACAGCGUUUGCAGAGCCCACACACCUACCAGGAGCAAUUCUCGCAGCACCCGCACCAGUACCUGCACCCGCCGUAUCAUCAGGGCCAGCCUGCGGCAGUGCCGCACGCGGCGCCAUCGGCGCACGAGGCCGGCGGAAUGCCGGUGGAGUGGCGCUCGUACUACGAGCAGCAGCAGUAUUACCAGAUGUACCAGCAGCAGUACCAGCAGUACCAGCAGUACGCACAGCAGCAGUACCAACUGCAUCAACAGCAACAGCAGCAGCAGCAGCAGCAGCAGCAGCAGCAGCAGCAGCAGCAACAGGUUCUGCAGCAGCAUGAGGCUGACGCGGCGGCGGCAGUCGCCCCAGGGGUGGCCAGCGGCAGCAGCGAGCGGCAGACGCCCUCUGCCGUGGCGGCGGCGGCGGCGGCGGCUGCAGCGCCGCCUUCGUCAUCGGCGGCGGCGGCGGCAGCGUUUGGACGUGCGUCUGGGGGCUAUGCGUCUGGCGAGGAGCCAGCAGGUGGCGGCAUGCUGACACCUGUGGCCGGCGCUGCGCACCGAAUGGGAGGCGAGCGCCACCUCUACAAUCAGCGCCAAGCCUCGCAGUCGCUGGUGCUUUCUGGCAACGGCGGAAGCGGCGUACUUCCGGCGGCGGCUGCGGACGCGGCUGCUGCUGACGCCUCAGCCACCCGGCAGGCCUCAGCUGCCACGGCCGCCGCUUUCCACACACCCGGCAGGUCGCAUUCAGAGGUCAUGUCGCCGGGGGUGGGGCCAGAAGGCGGGGCAGCGCCGCGUCCUCCUCCGCUGGCACCUGCACCCGGUGCCGACACGACACCGCCUGCUGCACGACAGCAACAGGCGCAGCCGCAGCCACAGCGGCAGCCGCCUCAGCAGCACGCGCCGCCGCCCACGCCUGCGGCGGCGCACCCGGCUGACCUGCAGCCGUAUGCGGCCUACGGCGGGUCGCCGUACCCGUACCAUCAGCCGCAACCGCACCAGCAGCCGUACCCGCCGUACGCCUACCCUGACCCGCAGCUGUACGCGCAGCAGUACACACACCCGCCGUACAGCCAUCAGCAGCAGCAGCCGGGCGCGCCCCCGCACCACCCGCCGCCGUACCACACAGCAGGCUACCCGCAGGCUGACUAUCCGCAAUCCCAUCAGCAGGCGCAGUACCAGGCGGAGUACCAGGCCGAGUAUCAGGCGCAACAGGCGCAACAGUCGUAUCCUUCAUAUCCUACAUACCAGCAGCAACAGCAGCAGCAGCAGCAGGCGCCAAGCCACCGCCCAGGUAAUCGCCGGGGGCCGGCAGCCACAGCCGCAGCACCCGGCGAGGCGGCACACGCGGUCAUGGCGCCGGGCGUGCCGCCAACUGCCUACCCCGCCAUCCCGACAGCGGCAGCGGCGGCGGCAGCCACGGCGGCCCCGGCGUCUCCCACCUACGCAUGGCCACACACCCCGCAGCAACAGCAGCAACAGCAGCAGUGGCGGCAGCAGUGGCAUCAGCAGCAACAGGAGUACCCUGCGCCGCCACCGCCAGGGCUGCGCCAGGCUAGCAUGUACGCAGCAGCACCCCCAGCAGCAGCCGCAGCAGCAGCAGGUAUGCACGCGCCGGGACCUGUGCCUGUUGCACCUGCUGCACCAUCGGCGGUACCAGACGGCGGCGCUCCCGCUAGUGCCGCCACCGCCGCCGCCGCCUCGGCUCGGCUGGUGCGGCCGGGGACCACCCACCCGGCGGCGGCGGUGGAAGGGCGGCCGGUCGCCUACCCGCCCGUGGGCCACCACGACCACGACCACGACCACGACCUGGGGCAGCAGCGGCAGCAGCAGCAGCAGCAGCAGUCGCAGCCGGUGACGUACCCGGCAGCCACCACGCCGACGUCGGCGCUGGUUGGGUCACCGCCAUCGGUGUCGCAUCCGCAGCAGCGGCGGCAGCGGCAGCAGCAGCAGCAGCACCAGCAGGCAUCCGGGCACCCGACACCAGCAGCGGUUGCCGCCUCAGCCGCUGACAUCACGCCCUUCACCACAGCCAGUGGGACCCACUCUGCCGCGAGCACAGCUGCCGCUAUUGCCGCGGCUGCUGCUACGGCUGCUCGCACGCACGCUCGUGCGGGUGACGCGCGCCGCAUGAGGGGCCGGCACGGCGGCGGUCCUUCAGCCGCUGCCACAGCCGGUGCCGCCGCAGUUGCUACAGCCGGUGCCGCUGCCGCUGCUACAGCCGGCGCGCAUCCUCCUCCGCCUGCAUCUGCUCCUGCUCCUCCUCCCUCUGCUGGGGCACCUGCGGAUGACCUGGCGCCGCUGCCUUCCAUCAGUGACAUGUGGGCGGCGGCGCAGGCGGCGCUGGGCCCCACGCAGCUGAUGGACCUGCCGCUGGACGAGCUGGAGGACGUGGGCGUGGACGUGGGUGACGUGGGCGCGGAUGUGGGGGUGGGGGCUGGGGAGGGAGGUAAGGGAGCAGGAGCAGCAGGAAGAGGAGCGGGAGGAGCAGGAGGAGGGGAGGAGGGGGAGGCGGCGGCGGCGGCGCUGGGUGGGCUUGAUGACCUGGCGCUGGUGGAGGAGGCGGCGGCGCUGCUGCUGGAUGACGAAGAGGGCGGCGGGCUGGUAGCGGGAGGAGGAGGAGGAGGAGGGGGAGGUGGCGAGGCGGUGGGUGAGCGGCGGGGUGGGGCGCGGGUGAGGCCCAUCAAGCGCUACUCCAAGUCGGAGGCGGCGGCGCUGGAGAAGCGGCGAGCAGCCGAGACGGCGGCGGCGGCGGCAGCAGCCGCUGCGGCAGCCGCAGGCGCGUACGGCGACACGGCGCCCGGUACCGGUACAGCAGGUGGUGUGGCAGGCGGUGGAGCAGGCCUGGGCAGAGGCGGCGCCGGCUUGCCUGCCUCGCCCGGCCGCCGGACCCAGCCCCGGCCUCGCAAGGCGGACAAGGCGGUACCGGGGGGCGGCAGCGGUGCAGGCGCCGCACCCCACGCCUUGGGUCCGCCUCCUCCUCCGCAGCACGUGGGUCGCUCGGCCUCCCUGACCGCCAUGGCUUAUGCGGCACAUGCCACCGCCGGCUCGGCAGCAGCAGCGUACCCGGGGUACCCAGCAAUAGACACCGGCGGAGGCGGAGGCGGAGGGGGCAUGCCAAUGCCGCCGGCCUCCUCGCGCAAGCCGCACAUCACCAUCGUGCGUAACCGCUCCGCCGGCACUGGGGCGCCACCCGGGACUGGCCGCACACCGGAAUGGGCACCGGUGGGGCGGCUGCCGUCUCCGGGUAGCGGGGCGCUGCGGGCUGCCCUUGCCUUGGCUCCGGAGGCAGGUGACGUGGCGGGCGCCCCGUCGCCGCCAAGACGCAGCGGCAGCAGCAGCGGUCUGAAGAAGGCCAAGCAACAGGCGGCGGCGGCGGCAGCUGCUGCCGCUGCAGCUGCAGCCGCUGCAGCAGGGCGGCGGGAGGCUGUAGCAGCUGGCGGUGCAGGGUCUGUAGCAGGGGGUGCUGGGCAGCAGCAGGCGGCGGCCCCGGUGACGCCUGCUGCGGAGGCCACCGCCCGCCCUCGCAUCCGCAUCAAGGUGCCUGUCAGUGCGCAGCGCCCGCCGCCGCCACCACCCGCGUCGCCGCUGCCGCCUCCCCACAUCGCUGCCGCUCCGGCACCUCACCCUCACGUCACCUCACCGCCAGGAGGCGAUGCCGGUGUUAGUGUGGGUGACGCGCCGGGGCAGCGAGGUCCGGCAAAACAAUCGCAGCAGGCCAGGAAGAAGCGAGCGGUGACAGAUGCCUCGCCGCAAGAUGCCUCGCCGCAAGGAUUACAGCCCGCGGCGGGUGCUGCCGCGCCCGCGGCGGGUGCGGGCGGCGCCACCGCACCGCCACGCAAGCGGCAUCGCUCAGCCGCCCCACCCGGCACUGCCGCCGCAGCCACCACCGCCGCCGCCGCCGCCAUGCGCCCCGCGGGCUCGUCGCUGCUGCAUGCGGCCUCGCCACCUCAGGAGCUGCGCCGCAAUGUGUUCGCGCGCCAGGCGCUGGCACCGCCCGCUGCUGCUGCUGCUGCUGCCGGCGCACCUGCACGCCCGGCAGCAGUGCGGCGCCGGCCGCCGCCUGCCGUAUCCUCAGUGCGGCCGCGGCCGCCGGCGCAGGCCCCUGCUGGUGAUGCUGCGGCCGCCGGACCCGUCGCUGCGACCACAUCACGGCCGCAGCAGCCCAGCUCGGGCCCAACAGGAGCUCUCAGGGAAGCGGACAACGUGUCGCUCGCCGUGGCCGCUGGCGGUGCGGCUCCCGCCGUACUAGUGGCAGCUGCUGGCGGCGACACGGGCCGUGGCCCUGGCGGGCGGCUGGCGGCAGCACAGCCACGUCAUGAGGCCGCGGAGGAUGCAGGUGAGGAGGAGGGGGCAGAGGCAACGCAGCACGUAAGGGUGGCGGAGGCGGAGGCGGGCGAGGUGGAUGAGGCCGAGGUGGCAGAGGACUGGGGCGCCGCGCAGGAGGCGCAGCUGCUGCGGCUAUUGGAGCUCCACUGCGGGCUGGCCGCCGCCGAGAGUGAGGAGGCGGAGGCGGGCGGCGAGGGGGAUCGGGUGCCGCCGCCAGCGGGUCUCGCAAGCAGCGUCCAGGAUGGUGCGGCGACCGGCGCGCAGCCGCCGCAGCCACAUGCGGACAACUCGGAGUCUGAGAGGACGUCCGAGUCCGCUGUGGCAGCCGCACCUGCGAUGCAGCGGGCGGCGGCAGCGGGGGCUCCGCACCCGCCGGCGUCUCCCGCUGAGAAGCCCACCACGGACCAGCAGGAGCACCAGCCACACCAGCAGAACCAGCAGCAGCAGCCGUGUCAGGGGCCCCUGACGGCCGAGGAUGUGGUGGAGGUGGCCCUGGCCGCCACUGGGGCGCCCGCCGCCAGUGUGGAGGACAUUGCGGAGGUGCUGGGCGGCUGGUGGCUGCGGCGCGGACGCCCACAGCGCUCAGGCGCUGUGAGAGGCGGCAGCAGCAGUGGUGAUGAUGGAUCCCAUGCGAAGCGGAGGACGUCUAUCUCAGGCGCGGCAGCAGUGGCGGCCUCCUGGCCAGGCUGGAAGGCGCUGUCGCAGCUGUGUGCCAGGGAGGAUGGCGCCGGCGGUGCUGGCGGCGAGGCCGGCGUCUCGGGCGCUGCUGCAUCUGCAGCGGUACCGGCACUCACGGCGGCCCGGCCGGCGGACACGCUGCUGAGGGCAGGGGCAGGAACGGGCGACUCAGAUGCAGGUUCAGGCGCAGGGACCGGGACUGGGCUGCUGCAUCAACGCGUGCGGGCUGUGCUGGAGUCGGAGCGUGCAGCUUCUGGCAGGUUCGUCAGCAUCCAAACGGCUGCAGUUGCUGCAGUUGCUGUUGAUGCUGGUUCUGAUGCCGGCGGGGAGCUGUGGCUGGUGGCGCCUCCGCACCUGCGUGCAGAAGUUGUCAGGGCUGCGGUCGCCGCCACGGCCGCCGCCGCCGCCGCCGCCGCGGACCCCACUGAACAGGAGCAGGGCGGCGCUCCGGACGGCGAUGGGGGCUUGCAGCGGGAGGCCGGUCGCCGCCGCCAUCAGGUGCAGGUGCAGCUGGGACUGCAGCUGCAGGUGGGGCGGCUGCUGGCGGAGCAGGUGGGCGCCUGCAACGCCGUGUACGAGCAGGAGCUGGCGUCGCUCAUGAAGCGUAUGGCUGCGGCUGCGCCUGCCGCAGCUGGGGGCGCCUCGAGCGAUAGAGGCGGGCACAGGGGCGGCAAGAGCAACACCGGCAGCGACAGCGACGUGGACAGCGGCACGGUGCUGGCGGAAUGCGGGAGCAGUCCCUGACAGUCCUUAGUUAUAGAGAGUGUUGCAGAAGGCGACCUUCGGUUGGGCAGAUUUGUUUUCGGUGUGAUUUUCGGCGCUUGCGGCGGCACGUUGCAUGGGUUGCGGUGACUGACUGAAUGCGGCGCGGAAGGCGAUUGAGGAAGGCGUGGGGAUGUGAUGGGAGAACGGAGGACGGGGACGACAUUGUCGACACGUAGACCAUGGGCCGUGUGCUGGGCAAUCAUUACCAUGGGGGGCUACGUGGACAGUGACAGCCGGCCGACUCACCACCGUGUGUGUGUGUGUGUGUGUGUCAGUUUGGCCCAGGGUGGUUUGGCCCAGCCCGAG